GGGGAGCUUUCGGAAGCAUUCCGCCGAGAGCACGUGUGUAGCGUCGUGGUAGAUGUGACAGCCGUUGGUACAAGUUGGGGCUUGGAUGGAGGCGUCGCUGAAUCGUUCGAAUUAAGGCCAAAGCAAGGAGUCCUCACGGAAAAACGCUACGAUGACGAUGAAUGCACUGUUGCGAACAGUAGUAGGCCUUUGUGCCCUUCUUUCGGCGCCAGGUGCAGCGGUGGACACUUCUUACAAGGAGUACAAGUUCCGGACAAAGUUGGACCACUUUGCAUUUCAUAACAAUAAGACAUUCGAAAUACGCUACGCGAUGGCUGAUCAAUAUUGGGACCACGAUGGCGGGCCGAUAUUUUUUUACACUGGGAAUGAAGACGAAGUGGAGAACUUCAUUACAAACACGGGUAUCAUGUGGGAGUGGGCACCGGAGUUCAAUGCCCUCAUAGUGUUCGCAGAGCAUCGCUUUUACGGUCAGUCGCUGCCGUUCGGAAACAAGUCAUACGAGAGUCCUCACCACCUCGGCUAUCUCACGUCCGAGCAAGCAAUGGCCGACUACGCAGACCUCAUACUGCACCUGAAGUACACUCUGCCUGGAGCUGAGAAGAGCGCCGUGGUGGCGUUCGGCGGCUCCUACGGCGGGAUGCUGGCAGCCUGGUUUAGGGUCAAGUACCCGCACAUCGUGACCGCAUCACUCGCCGCAAGCGCCCCCAUCAACAUGUCACCGGGCCUUGUGCCUUGCGGCAAGUUCAACGAGGCGGUGACAGCUGCGUACGAACGGGAAUCCGAACUGUGCUCAGCGGCCAUCAGAAAGUCAUGGACGGAGUUGCAGAAGCUGGGAUACUCCGUGGCCGGCUGCAAACAGCUCAGACAGAAGUUUGGGCUUUGCCAGAGCCUGCACCCGACCAACUACACGCUCCUCAGGGAUUGGCUCAAGGAGAUCUACGGGACAAUCGCCCUGGUCAACUUUCCCGAGCCGUCUGAUCUCGUUGGAGCCGUGCCCGGCAACCCUGUCCGGGUGGCGUGUGAGGGCUUCCUGAAAGCUCCAGAAAACAACAGGUCAGCCUUGAUAGACGCUGUUGCGAGGGCUGUGAACGUCUUAUUCAACAGUACCGGACAGCGCAAGUGCCAUGACCUGUUCAUCUACCAGCGCAAUCUGGCUGGUUACAAUUUUCAGAAAUGCAACGAACUGAUGACGGCUACUUGCGGCAACGGUGUGACUGACAUGUUCUUCCCGUACACUUGGAAUGCCACUGCCGAGCUGGAGCGGUGCAAGAAGCAGUUCGGCAUCACGCCGGACUUUUACCGUACCAUCAUGCUCUACGGCGGGGACAGGUUUGACACAGCCUCAAACAUUAUAUUCAGCAACGGUGAGCUGGACCCAUGGUCUGCCCUGGGCGUAGUUGAACCCUUAUCGAACGACGUGGUGGUCCUCAAUAUCCCCGGUGCCGCACAUCACGUGGACUUGAGGUUCUCGCGGUCGAGCGACUCACCGGAAGUGGUACGAGCACGCCAGAUCGAGAAGACGUACAUCCGACGGUGGAUCGCCGAGGCCGAUGAAUCACCUGAAAGAAGUCGGAAGGAGGUGCUGGUGUCAAGGAUUGCCGAAAGGAAGAAGCAGAGAAGGAAGACGCUGAUAAAACAUCUCCUUUUCCGAUUUCCAGAUGGAAAUUGAGUGAAGAACAUUGUGUUCCCACGUGUUAACAGCCACUUAUUGUUUCUGAAUGCUUAUUGCUUUUUUUUCAUUAAUGCUGACGUACAGGCAAUUUCUGUAAAUUGUAUGUUAGCUACACUGCCGUUUACCAUAACUGUAGUUACCACCGCUCAUUUCCUGUUAGAAGGUUGUUCUAACUUACUGCCUGAGGACCGCAACUGUGUAUUUAUACUCUUCCUGUGCUUCAUGUA